AUGAUUGCAAUAGGACUGGAAGGAAGUGCCAAUAAGAUAGGUAUCGGCGUCAUAUCGCAUCCUGGACCCAACAAAACGCCCAUCAUCCUCUCGAAUCUUCGACACACCUACAUCUCCCCACCAGGAGAAGGAUUUCUGCCCAAGGAUACCGCGAUACAUCACCGAGCAUGGGUCGUGAGGUUAAUAAAGCAAGCGGUACAGCAAGCCGGCGUAAAGAUUGAGGACAUAGAGUGCAUAUGCUACACCAAAGGACCUGGAAUGGGUGCGCCGUUGCAGAGUGUGGCACUGGCUGCAAGAACCAUCAGUCUACUCUGGGGCAAACCAGUAGUGGGAGUAAAUCACUGCGUUGGACAUAUCGAGAUGGGCAGGGCCAUAACAAAAGCCGACAAUCCAGUCGUCCUCUAUGUCUCAGGUGGGAACACCCAAGUAAUCGCAUACUCUGCGCAACGCUACCGCAUAUUCGGUGAGACUCUCGACAUAGCGAUAGGAAAUUGUAUCGAUCGAUUUGCCCGCACCCUCAUGAUACCGAACAACCCAUUUCCUGGUUACAAUGUGGAACAGCUGGCAAAGAAGGGCAAGAACUUGGUCGAUUUACCAUACGGCGUCAAGGGAAUGGAUGCAAGCUUUUCCGGUAUCCUCGCUGCGGCAGAUCUGUUGGCAAAAGGGCUGGACGAGUCAUUGCCCCUCGAGAAACGAUUAAAGACCGAAGAGGGGGAACUGGUAACGAGAGAAGAUCUCUGCUUCUCGCUACAAGAGACCAUCUAUGCGAUGCUCGUGGAGAUUACUGAACGUGCAAUGGCACACGUUGGCUCGCAGCAAGUUCUGGUCGUUGGAGGUGUCGGAUCGAACGAAAGAUUGCAGCAGAUGAUGGGCAUGAUGGCAAGAGAUAGAGGAGGCAGCGUCUUUGCAACUGAUGAGAGAUUCUGCAUCGACAACGGCAUUAUGAUCGCACAUGCCGGACUUCUGGAGUACUGCACCGGCGUGGUCACCAAGAUGGAAGAUACAACAUGCACGCAGCGAUUCCGAACCGACGAAGUGUUCGUCGGCUGGAGGGAUUGA